AUGUCGUCCCAGCCGCAUCAUGCACAUGCCCCCCAUGCUUCUAUUACUAGUGGUACUACCCCGGGUGCUUUAACUACUAAUACUAGUGGUUCUGCUGCUGGGUCUGCUGGUUCUGCUACUGCAACUGCUACUGCUACUACUCCUGGUAAUUCUAGUUCCAGUUCUAUUAGUACUAAUACUAGUACAACCCAUUCUUCUGGCAAUACUGGUACUCCUACUUCUACUGUUACUGCUACUUCAACUGUUACUACUAAUAGUGGUUCUAGUUCAGGUGUUAGUGGUACUCAUUCCUACUCUCAACAUCACCCCCAAUCUCUGCCUCAACCCCCGCUUAGCCACUCGCAAUCGCAACUACUACCUCAAGUUCACCCCCAACUUCAACAUCAUCACUCUUAUGAACACUCGCAACAACCUCACAUUGCUACCAGUCCAUACCAUCAGCAAAUGACUGCUCCUCAGACUUAUCACCAACAGCAUCAGCAGCUUCAGCAGCAUCCACUACCACACCACCAGCUCCAACAACACCCUCACCCCCACCAGCAUCAUCAACAUCCUCAACAUCCUCAACAUCCUCAACAUCCACAGCUUCAACAACAUCACCAUCAACAACAGCAACAUCAUCUUCACCAUCCUUAUGGUGCAGCUGUCAGUCACAAUACUGAUCCUUCACUUGGUGUUGGCGGUCCUAUUCAUUCACAUGGUCAACAUCAUGGUCACGCUGGCCACCAUGGUCAAGUCACUCCUAUUUACAGUCCGCAGGGUGAAGGUCGUCGUAAGACCCCCAGUUCGUGGGACCCUCAUGACGAUUUGCUAUUGCGUCAUUUGAAAGAACAGUUGAAACUCGGUUGGAAGGAGAUUGCCGCUUAUUUCCCUAACAGAACCACCAAUGCUUGUCAAUUCCGUUGGCGUCGUUUGGUAUCAGGAACUUUAAGAUCAUCGACUGGUGGUGUUGCUACUCCUAAUGGAGGUGGUCCUUUAUCUCCUGGUGGCAGUACCAGCCCUACUCAUUCUGAUAAUGGCAUGCCUGAUGCUUCAUCUGAUCUCAAUCGAAGAAGCUCGUCUAUCAGUAGUACUCUAUCCAACCCUACAAAUGCAUUACAAACAUAUCAAGCUUCUUACGAGCAACAGCAGUUACAACACCCUCAUAUCCAUGGACAUCAUCACUCACAACCCACUUUGCCAUCAUUUCAGUACAGACAGCCUUCUCAAGGCCAAGUCAAUGCUGCUCCUGCUCAAAUCACCAGUUCGACUCAAUCUUCUGUAAACUGGACGAAAGAACAAGACGACCUUGUCCGUUCAAGACAGGACUUGCGUCCUGAUGAGCUCAGUCUGUUGUUGGGUGUUUCUGAACAAGACAUUAAAACCCGUUUGAGCCAACUCGACAUUAAAUCGACUACCCCUACCACCACUGGCACCACCACUCCAUCCAGUGUCACUGCUGCUGACUCGGUUGUAGCUAAGUCCCUGGCCAAUUACCAACUGUCGACCCCCACUUCCGAGCCCAUCAGCGAGCAUCCUGAUAAUGUCACUAUUGUCGAGCAUGAUAUUGAUGGUGAUAGCGGUGCUGAAGACGGAGUCCCCCGAACCCUUGUCGGUCGUAACAGAUCUGGUUCACACCCUCGACCAUUGUUACCUCGUAAGAUGUCGGGAUCUCAUUUCAACAGUCUCAAGCUUCCUGUUCCUAUUCUGCAACGACCACCUUCAUUCUCUGAAGCUAGUCCUGCUGCCUCUUCCACCGCCCCUGCCAACCCAAGCUCUGCUGCUACUCCCACCCCCACGACCCCCGUGACCCCUGCCGGCAGCUACUUCACGGCCCAAUCAUAA